CUCGCUAGUCAAAUUUAUUACUGGUCGGUCCGUUAAAGUUAUCAAUUUUUGCACAAACUUAACUCAACAGCCAUCUACGAGCUUGCACAAACAAGGAAAAAAAAAAAUUAAAAUAUUACAACUAGUCUGAAAAUAGGCGCGCAGUGAAGCCAAAGACACUAUGACAUUGCCAGUUGAUGCUGAUUUUGAUGUUAAAUAUGGAAUUAUUGAUAGCGAUACGCCUCCGCACACUGAACUGGCAGCCCUAUAUAGGAAGAGCUUUGCUUACUACACAUUUCGUGUGCGGUUGCCAUCAACUUUAUCAGGAAUUAUUGCCUCUUUAGUAAAGGACAAAGAUGAAUUAAUAGCAAGAUAUGGGGUGGACGCAGGCGCGGACAUUGAAAGAACUGCAGCGGCAAUCACACAAUUGCGUACAGACAUUCUCAACAAUGGCGCUUUGCUGCUCUUUGAGGGUAACGAGCCGGACACUGCCCAGUGGAAUGAAUUCUUGGAGAAACUACCUCCACAGAAGCGAAGCUAUUAUCACGCUUGCUGGCUCUAUGCCGAAUGUUAUAUGUAUAGAAAAAUCUCUUCCAUUUUCAAGGCAACAGCCACACUGUCAAGCUACGAUUACUUCAGCAGGCAAAAGCAAACGGCCGCCCAGCUGAGUACCGAGGCCAUGAUGGCUGUGACGCGAGCUACACGUCAAACCAUUCGGAAUUCGGAAACUUUUCAACAACUUCUCAAAUUGAAUCUUUGGGGCAACCGCUGUGAUUUGUCAAUAACUAGCGGGAAGCAGGUUAAGCCCACAGGUGAUGCCUUUGAUUUGGUGUCAGAACUGGAUGCCAAUUUACUCGUGGACGCCAGCGCAUCUAUAUGGAAGUGCAUUGAAAACGCCGACUCCGACAGCUCUAUAGUGGAUAUUGUGUGUGACAAUGCGGGCUAUGAGCUUUAUACUGAUUUGAUUUUAGCUGAAUAUAUUAUUGACAAAGGCCUAGCCAGCAAAGUUCGGUUCAAUGUUAAGGCCAUACCUUGGUUUAUAUCGGAUGUUAUGGAAUAUGAUUAUCAUUGGACUCUGGAAUUUCUGGCGAAGCAUGAAAGCGAAUUACUUCGGGAUUUGGGAGAGAAGCUACAGAAAUUCACAGCAGAGGGAAAAUUUGAAGUUGAACCAAUAGAAUACUUCUGGACCAGCCCGUACGAGUUCUAUCGCAUGGAGCAGGUGCAACCAGCUCUCUAUGAACGCUUAGCACAAGCAAAACUAGUUAUAUUCAAGGGUGACCUCAACUAUCGCAAGUUGCUGGGCGAUUUCUCCUGGAAUAAUACUGAACCAUUCGAGACAUGUCUGAGGGGAUUUAAGCCAUCCAAUCUGUGCACAUUGCGGACCAUUAAAGCUGAUUUAAUUUGCGAUCUGCCGCCGGGGAAGUCCGAGGAAUUAUUUGCAAAGGACAAGGAGUGGAUGCUUACUGGCGAAUAUGGCCUUAUACAGUUUGCAAGAAAGUGAGAAAAAGGGAGAUGCUAUAGUGUGCCUGAUUUUUAGUCAAACUAUCAAAUUUUUAAAUGCAAUAUAGAUAUUGUUGAAGUAUUUCCACUGUUAAAUGAAUUCACGCUAAAAUAAAUAAUUGUGCGUAUUUAUACAAAAAUUCAA